AUGUCGACAUUCAGCGGCCUUGUGGCCGAAUUUCCCGAUAUUCGAAUUGACUUCUUCCGUCAUCAUCCCGACGUACCCCCUCCAUUGGCAUGUUUCCUAAGCCACGUUCACAGCGAUCAUCUCUCUGGCCUGGAGAGCCUCCGGUCCCCCUUCGUCUACUGUUCUGCUGCAACACGAGAAAUUCUGUUGCGACUCGAGAGGUACCCCUGUCGGAUUAACUAUGCGCAAGGCAUCCUCGAAACCAGGCAACAGACGUACAAGCAUCUUGCUAAGGUCAUGAAACCAUUGCCCCUGGAAACACCUACCGUCAUUGAGUUGCGGCCCGGCCAUAGCAUCCAGGCCACCCUAUUCGAUGCCAACCAUUGCCCAGGAGCCGUCAUGUUCUUAAUUGAAGGUGACGGCAAGGCAAUUCUAUACACGGGAGAUGUUCGAUCUGAGCCCUGGUUCGUGAAUGCUCUUGCACGGAAUCCAAUUUUGAUCGAGUACACCAGCCGGCUCAAGACCCUGGACAAAAUUUACCUGGACACCUCGUUCACCGAUGAUGUUUCCUUCCAAACUAAAUCAGAGGGAAUUGCAGAGUUGCUACGCAAAAUUUUACGGUACCCCGAUGACACCAUAUUCUACAUGCAGGCUUGGACAUACGGUUACGAGGAUGUCUGGCUCGCCCUCUCCCGCGCACUGAAAUCUCCCAUACACGUUGAUGAAUAUAAAUUGAGAGUGUACGGUGCCCUGAGAACACGGAUGGCGGGACAACCGUUGACCGAGCUCCACCUCUGUACUGGCGCAGCCGCACUGACAGGGCACAUGUGCGGAAACACGCCUCUUCCGGGCUGUCUGACCUCAGAUGUCGACGUUCGGUUGCACAGCUGCGAGAAGGGAAAUAUGUGCUCUGCAGCAAAACAUCCAGCCGUGGUCAGAAUACAGCCGAUCGUUGCUCAUCUGCCAAAUGGCACAAACCUUGUCGAAGCUGGAGUUGGGGGAGGCGGCGAAGACCUCGAACGAGAGGCAGAGCUGGUUAGCCAAGAACUUCUCGCAUUGCUAGAACUGUACGCAACCAUUCCCUUUGUUGAAGAAACUAGCUCUAACUUUAAUAGAAUUACUGCAUCUAAUGAUGUUCCUGAGGCAUAUAGAAAAGAAGUCUUCAAUGUUCUGAAAGUUGCAUUGUCAAGUGGUCGGACUUUGUCUCUCAACCUCGACAUCUCAAAACUUGAGGACCACUACUCAUCGGGCCUCCCAACCGUCCUUCAAGCGCUGUCUGAUCUGAUACCUGAGAAUUCUCAGUGUAUUAAAUCUGAAUGCGAGGCAGCACACGAUCUUCCCAGGGUCAUCCAGUUUCCGUAUUCUCGUCAUUCGUCCUACCCAGAGCUUUGUCACCUGAUCCAGGUCUUAAGACCUAUGGACAUUUGGCCGUGUACAGUUGAUGCAAAGCGAUGGGCGGCUGAAGGGAUCUCAAUCAAGACCCUCUUUGGACAGCAUUGCGCCGGACAAAUCUUUCAGCACGACGUGGAACUGGGUGCACUCUCGACAGCCUGCACCAUUCCAGCAGUGGACCCUCAACAUCCAGAAUCUCAGCAUGUGGACUCUGCCUCCGAACUGGAGUCAUUACUUGCACCGGGACUGAUUAUGGCGGACACACAUUCUGUCCAGUUAGUUCAGCUACCUGCUCAGCUUCCCGGGAGCACGUCAAAUGAACACGAACCCGUUUCUCCGCCCCUGAAACGCAAACGCAUCAACCUGGCGGAAGGAGAGGGUCUCGAAGAGACCACUCCAGAUGAUUCACAGCAAACACAAUCGUCCUGGGCUUCGGAAAUAUCCACGCGGCAUUAUUUGACUCGUCGGGAUGCAUACCUCCUGACACUGGAUAAUGUUGAUGACAAUGACGAUUGGAAACCUAUCGCACUGCUCUCUACGGACGGUCACCAUAAUGUAGCAGAAACUGAACUGUAG